GGUAGCUGAGCCGGCGCAGUGUCACAUUCAGCCAAUCAAAUGGGUGAAGAGGAGGUGGCUUCCGGUUUUACGUACGACAACAAAUUAUAGUGAAAGACGAAGAGGAGAAGCAGUUUGCGCCAAAGUAUAACAAUAAUAUUACUGCUUAACUCAGCGAAGUAUGCUUUAACUAAUCGCUGACUUCCAUCCAAGAGUUGGCUGUGGGAUUAUAGAGGCAUCUGCUCCUGAUUCGAUUUGUCUGCCACUCCCUGGUGCAGGAGCCUGGGCUGUCACUAUGGAAACAGACACCGAAGUGAUCCCAAUCUGGCAGAACAAGCCUCAUGGGGCGGCCCGGAGCAUGGUCAGGAGAAUAGGCUCGACGCUUCCACUCAAGCCUCCACAGAGAGCAUGUUUCCAGGAAUUACCAGGCCUGCCAUCCCUCCGGCCCAUGGAUGGCCCCAUGGUUCCCACCUUAGCGGAUAUAGCUUGGAUUGUUGCAGAUGAAGAAGAGACAUAUGCCAGAGUUCGAAGUGACACUCGUCCCUUCAAGCACGAGUGGCGACCCACCCCGCUAUUGGUGCUGCACAGGAAUUCGUCAGUGCCGAAUUUUCGCAGGGAAGGAAAAAGAGUGGAAGGUCUGAGGAAGCCCGGAGUCACGGCACUGAACCGGACCACCGCACUGCAGGACGAGCUGAGCAAGCUCCGAGCACAAAUUGCAAAAAUUGUUGCCAGUGAUGCUGGCUCGAACCCUCUGACUCCAGACUUGCUGUCCCCCGAUGACACAAGCAUGAGCUUCUCCAUGGCGCCGUUCGAGACGGCUCCCUACCAGCCCGCUGCCACCGCAGCGGCCUCCUUCGUCAUCAGCGAUGUCACAGAAGAAGAAGAAGAGGAGGAGGAUUUGGAGGAUGAGAAGGAUGUGGUGUCUGUUGUGUCCGAGCUGGUGCCCGACCCUCUGCCGCCGGUGUCGAUGACCGCGUCUGCAACCUUUGACCUGGACAGACCCAGCAUGGACUUUCGAGAAGCAGAGGAGGACACGGUGUCGCUGUCAAAGUCCACCAGCUUCGCUGAUGUGAUGGACAUCCUGAAGGACAUGAACCGCAUGAAGAUGAGCAAAGACAGCAGAUACAACAGAGGCUGCACAUCGCUGAGAGAGGAAGACUCUGCCACUCUCAUCUCUGAAGCUUUGAGAAAGAAGUUUGUCCUCAGUGAAGAAGACACCGCUGCUGUGAAACGGAAAUAGCAUGGGCUGAUGUUUGUCGCCACAACCUCAUCCAUGCUCCUCUGAACAGAAGAAUCGUCAAGGAAGAUCAGAACAAAGACUUGUUGCUGUUCCGCCCGAGGAACUCAUGUGACGUGCAUCAACAGUGUGGACUUGAUUUGAGAAUUUUGUGCGUGAACUCUGUUAGAAGCCAUGUUGAGCCCUGAAACUGACUUGCUCAGUUUUUUUCAGUUUGACUGACAGUCUGUCCUGUUAAUGAAGUGAUUUAUUGAGGCGACCGUGUCUGGCUGAAGCAACAUUCGGCCAAACUUCAGUCUAGUGUAAGUUCAGGCUGAACAUCCCUGCGAAGGCCUUACCUGACACUUGAUCUAAUGCCUGAUCUUAUCCGCCUUUUUAAACAUGUUUGCAGCCAAUUCAUUGAUACAGUUUUUCCCCUCAAUGUGCCAAUUAUUUUCCUUUUUUUCCCUCGUGUUUUCGUCCCUCACAAGGUUAUGCCCGACUGUUGCAUGUGUGCAGUUUGCAGCCAAAACUCUGUUUUACUAGUCAUACCUCCAUUUUUAAUAGCUCUAUUUUUUUGUGUCAUCUUCAUGAAUCCGGCUCCUCCCUCUUGGUGUGGCAGCCCAUUUGUUUUUGUUUUUUUAUAUAUAUUCAACGUGUGGUUGUAGACAGAUACAAAUGUAAAAACACAAGAACAGCUGGCUUGUUGCUCUUCAUAAUUUGUGUAAAAUUGUUUUUCACCACUGCAGUUUUUGUUUUUUUGUGUCUCUUCCAUUGUGUUCCUCACUGAGCAUCUGCGUAUGCCCGACCAUGUAAUGAGUUGUAAAUAAAGAUGGGCUGGUGUU